AUGGCAACCAAAUUGGAAGAAUUCUAUUUAAUGAAUGUUGUGUUAUAUAUCAACACGUUCAAUUCCCUUUUCACUUUUUCCACGGUAAAUAAAAAGUGCAAGCGAGUGAUGGGGCGUCUCCAAAUCAAUCCCCUUGUUUUUGAAAACACCAGAUCUUGUGAUUAUCAUAAAGUGUAUGAAACUUACUUAAUAGAGCAUUAUGCGAUAGACAUGUUAAAAUUAUUUCCAAACAUUAAAACGUUAUAUUUGCCAUCUUAUAAAAUGCGAAUUUCUAAUGAAGUAUUUUUAAAAAUAGAUCAUAUCAAAGUACAGAAUAUGUCAGACAAAAAUCACACAAUUCAAAAUGAAUAUUACAAAGCAGACUUCUCACCGUUAUAUAUCAUUUCAACUCAACGCCCCUUUGAAAAAGAACAUUUGAAAGAAGUAGAAAAAUUCCAGACAUAUAUUGUGUACGAUGAAAAUUCAUUAAACUUUUUAAUAAACCAUUUUGAACGAUUUAAAAGUCUUUUGGAUAUCACCGUUGUAGUUCCAACAACAGACAAAUAUGGAUAUAAAAUAAACGGAGAAGCCGAACCUUUUCUAAAUUUAUUAGCUGUAAACCUCACCGUUUUCGUUGAGUUACACUCUCUAAAAACGAUUCGAAUUUUUGCUGGUGCAAAAGGGCAGUUAAAAUAUUUUGUACCUUUUCUUAGUAUAUAUCGAGGGUUUAUAAUAAAUUUAAUUUUGUAUUUACCAAAUGAAGAUUUUGCGUUUGGCGAAAAAGAACUUUUUGAUAAGAUGAAAUUGUAUUUUAAAAUUAUGAUACUCAAUGUGGACGACUUUUCAACAUUUAACAUGUGGAAUAUCCCAAUUUCUGUUAAUCAUCUUGGAGAGUUGUGUUAUAUAAAAGAAAAUGAAACUAAAAACUUUUCAAAAUAUGUUGACAUGACCGACAAAAAGUUGAGUGAGUUGACCAUUGAAAAGAGUUCUACUAAUGAUUUGGAUACUUCUGAAAUUGACACCAAAAGACUUGUUAUCAACAAUGAAGAAUAUAAAAAAUUCAACUUAAAAAUAUCAAAUAAAUUGAAAUAUUUAGAAACAGAUUUUCCAUAUGAAAUUUCAGUGUAUUGUGAUGACAGAGUGACUGUCGAAAUCACUAAACGUUGUGAAAUAAAAUUACUUCAACAAAUUCCAUUCAUCAACUUUUUUGGUUUAAUAAAGUUUUACGAUUCAAUGAUGAGUGAACAGUGUUAUACUCAAUGGGUUAGAAAGCAUCCAGAAGAUGCAGCUGAUAUUCCCAAAUACCAUGAAAUGAAUCCAGACCAACAGAAUGAAUAUCGAAUUUUUGUGAGUUUGGUUAAAGACUUAGAAGUCCUUGAAUUUGACACUGAGCCGUAUGUUUACAAAGAAAAGUAUGAUAUAACAGAGACUCCCCAACAAAUCACAAAAGAAAUGAAAUUGAAAAAUUUGUCUUAUUGUGAAAUCAAUACAACUGGUUUUGAUUGUUUGAAUUUGCCGACUUCCCUCACAGAACUGAAAAUGAAAGAUCUUUCAGAAUCGACUUUUGAGUUUGAUGAUAUCAACAUUAUAACACUGAAGUUAUAUGAAUGUCGUAAAAUUACAAUUUACUUGAACACAACACUCAAGAAUUUGUAUAUAGAAGAUGGAUAUGGUGGAAACAUUGAAUGUCGUAAAGGAGUGAUUUAUCUCACUUUUUUUGACUCAUUUCAUUCUGGUGAUUUUGAUUCUAAAAACAUAGUUGUCGACUAUUUAAUUCCAUAUAAAGAGACUGUCGAACAAGGUCCAGCAUGGGCAGAUAGUGUUGUGUAUUCAUUCAAUUAUAUGAAGGGAAUGUACUUUGUGGAACAAGGGUUUGGUUCCUCAGAAGUCGCUUGGUACAAUCCGGACCCGACUGGCAAACCGACAUACCCAGCAAAUAUAUAUGCAGAACGAGCGUGUUACAAAUGUGAUGUUAGUUAUGUGUGGUUCAAAGCCGUCAAAGAAAUCGGCGACUUUUGUUUUGCAGAAAGUGUGUUUCGAGAGAAACGCAUUGAAAUUCCAGAACCAAUGACAACUUUUGGAAUUGGCGCGUUUUAUAAAGUAGCAAAUUUGGAAUCAGUGAAACUGCCAAAGGGUUUUAAGAAAUUGCCAUAUAAGGCGUUUUAUGGAGCAAAGGAUUUAACAGAAAUUACUUCGCCCGAGAGUGAAAUAGAAAUAGACGACUACACACUUUUUGGGUGUAAAAAGCUGGAAAUAUACCCCAAAUUUAUACCAACAAAAACAGCAACCUUUUGCGAUGGUUAUUUAGCCAAAUUCUGUCACUUAAAAAGCAUCGAAGUAAAAAGUAGUGUAACAGAAAUUAAACAUUCAAAUUAUGCCAAUUGCAACGAACUCACUGAAAUUAUAUUGCCGAACAAUGUGACACAUAUUGCAGAUUAUGCGUUUGUUGGGUGCACUAACUUAAAGAAUAUUGUUUUUAAUGAAAACGUUGUCUUUGGGAAACACUUGGUAUUCACUAAUAUGUCAAAUUUGAGUCAAAUUGUGAUACCAAAUACACUCACAAAAAUCAGAAGUUUUAUGUUUAAAAAUUGUCGAUCACUGACAGGUGUUAAAUUGCCAAAUUCAAUUAAAAGUCUUGGAGAUAUGGCUUUCAAAAAUUGUUGUGCAAUAAAGGAACUUGUUGUGCCAACAACUGUGACUGAAAUUGGCGCUUUGUGUUUUAACGGUUGCACUUCACUCACUUCGUUGUUAAUCAAAAAAACGGUAGUAGAUUUGAUUUAUUUUUGGUUCUUCCAAGCCUUCUCAAAACUGUUAAAUAAAUUAAAGAUCAAAACAUUAAAAACAUAUUUCCUUGUUAUUCCUCUGAACAAGAUAAAAAUACAAAAAUAA